AUGGCGUGGCCUCUGACUACCCUGACGCGUAACGAGACAGAGUUCAGUUGGGGCGAUGAGGAGGACGCAGCCAUGGUGCAGAUAAAACAGGCUGUACAGUCCUGUGGGGCAUUGGUUCCCAUUGAUUAUGCAUCGUUGCGCAUCGUUAUCCUCGCGAUCAACUCAUCAAACAUUGCUGUCGGUUUUGUCCUGUUCCAACUUGGCGAAGAUGGGAAGCGACGCCCAAACCGUUUCGGAUCCAUCACUUGGAACGAGCGCGAGUCGCGAUACUCACAAGCGAAGGUCGAAUUGUAUGGUCUCUUUCGCGCUCUCCGCACGGUUCGGAUCUACGUCAUUGGGGUCACAAACCUGGUCAUAGAAGUCGACGUGAAAUACAUCAAAGGAAUGCUAAAUAACCCUGACAUCCAACCCAAUGCUACAAUCAACCGUUGGAUCGCUGGUAUCCUACUAUUUGACUUCCGCCUCGUACACGUACCAGGUUCACGCCACACUGGGGCUGACAGUUUAUCACGUCGCCCCCGCACAAACGAAGACCCCGAGGAGGACGAUGACUUCGAGCAGUGGUUAGACGAAGCUAACGCCUUCACUAUUGAUGCCGCAAAUUCUGGGAUAAUGUGUGAAGGAUGGCGCGCCUGUGCUCCGGGGACUGUCUUGACUGGCUUGAGUGCUAGGACACCAGAUGUCGCAGUCUACACCUCGGCCCCAGAAGACGUUGAGAUUCCGCGAACAACAAAGGCCAUGGCUACGAAUGCACGCGUUCUCAAAGUCCGCGAUUUCCUACGUGAUCCCGAGGUUGCUAUGAGUGUGCCAAUAAAAGAACACCGUCAAUUCCUCAGAUAUGCAUCGGACUUCUUCCUCAGGGAUGGGAACCUCUGGCAAAAGGACCCGAGCAGCAGGCACAAACUAUUUGUCGAUGAGGAAAGACGCUACAUGCUUAUCCGACAGGCGCAUGAUGACCUCGGCCAUAAGGGAAUUUUCACGGUGCGGACACGCUUGCUGGAACGCUUUUGGUGGCCACUCUUAGACCAGGAUGUACGAUGGUACAUGGGCACAUGCCACGAAUGCCAGGUCUGCCAGAUGACGAAGGUGCACAUUCCACCAACGGUUGUGCUUCCUUCCACACUCUUUCACAAGGCGCACAUGGACACGAUGCUCAUGCCGCGGGCAGGAGAGUACCGAUAUAUCGAGAAUGGGUGGACCCUUGGCGCAUUCAUCUUUGAAGAAAUCCUUUGUCGCUGGGGGGCAGUCGCGGAAAUUGUCACCGAUAACAGCUCUGCUUUUGUCCAGGCACUAGACUAUUUGGCUCAGCAAUACAAGAUUCAUCAUAUCCGAAUUUCCCCAUACAACUCCCAGGCAAAUGGGCUUGUGGAACACCGACAUCUGGAUGUGUGCGAGGCUGCAAUGAAAACGUGUCUGGGAGACGAGCGGAAGUGGCCUACAGUCAUGCCCGCAGUUUUCUGGGCAGAGCGCAUCACAAUUCAGCGAUCUACAGGAUACUCCCCAUAUUACAUGGCACAUGGGACCGAACCAUUGUUCCCCUUUGACAUCGCAGAAGCGACGUACCUGGUUCCAUAUGAGGGUGUACAGAUGACCCAGAUUGAACUUUUGGCACACCGGGCUCGUCGGUUACAAAAGCGGGAAGAGGACUUGGAGGAAGUAUGUGAGCGUGUCAUCCGAGCAAGGUACAAGUUGAUGGAGCAGUUUGCACAAGAGUUUCAUGUGACGAUCAAGUCUUACGACUUCAAGCCGGGCGAUAUAGUCCUGGUUCGAAAUUCUCGAAUUAAUAUGGAGCUCAACCGCAAGAUGAAGCCGCGUUACUUGGGACCCAUGGUAGUUGUUCGACGAACCGAGGGGGGAUCGUACAUCCUUGCGGAACCGGACGGUGCGGUAUCUCAGCUAUGUUUUGCAGCUUUCCGCAUUGUUCCUUACAAGUACCGAUCUCGUGUCGAUCUCCACUUCACCCCGUUGUCCAACGCCGAUGAGACGGACAGCGCUGCUGGAUCGGAUGACGAGGUUUGA